GCCAGCCGGUCGGCGGGUCCGCGUCUCCGCAGCCGCGACUUCUCGCUACCUCUCACACACACACUCGGAUCCGUCUCUUCGCUUCGGACACUCGGCAGGUCACGCAUUCGUCGGCAGGCAGCAUGGGGGGCCGCCUCCUCCUCGGCCUCCUCCUCGCCGCCAUCACACCCUCCGUUCGGCCUUUCGGCAACCAGGGGCCGAGUUUCAUCCGCGAGCCGCCGGCGCGGGUGGACUUUUCGAACAGCAGCGGCGUGCGGAUCGACUGCUCGGCCCAGGGCAGUCCGACGCCCGUCGUCAACUGGCUGUCCGGCGAGGGGAAGCCGAUCGUCUCCAUACCCGGCACCCGCGAGAUCUUCAGCAAUGGCAGCCUCUACUUCCUGCCCUUCCAGCCCAGCAGCUUCCGGCCCGACGUGCACACCAACACGUACAAGUGCACCGCCGCCAACAACGUCGGCAAGAUCGUCAGCAGAGAGGUCAAGGUUAGAGCAGUGGUGAUUCAGCAAUACGAGGUGCAGGCGAUCAACGUCGGUUUGAGUGGCAUGCGCGGCAUUCCGCGCGGCGGCACAGCAUUGCUCAGGUGCCAGGUGCCAAACGCAGUCAAGGAUUACGUGUCCGUCACCUCGUGGCUGCAAGACGGCACCUUCAACAUUUAUCCGUCCAAGGAAGGCGAUGGCAAGUACUACAUGCUGCCGACGGGAGAGUUGUUGGUAUUGAAAAUCAAUGAGACGGACCGCUACAGGACGUACCAGUGCCGCGCGGUGAACCACCUCACGGGGGCGACGCAGCUGAGCGUCGGCCGCGGCGCCAAAAUCACGAUAUCAGAAUCGCGUUUGCCGAGCGCUCCACGAGCAAUCGACAAGACAGCGCUGAUCACCGCGAAAAAGGACCAGGCAGCCGUGUUGCCGUGCAUCACCGAGGGAAACCCCCAGCCGACGGUCAGUUGGUUCCGGCAGCUGGACCGCGCGGGCCACAUGCAGCCGCAGCUGCGGCCGAUCUCGGCCGACGAAAGGGUCAAGGUGGUGGCCGACGGCCAGUGUCUGUCGCUGCUGCACGUGCAGCCGGAGGACGCGGGCAAGUACGUUUGCGUGGCCAACAACAGCGCCGGCAGCACCAAAAUCGAAGUUACGCUCGUCGUCAGCUGGCCGCUCAGCGUGUCUGUGCAGCCGGCCCACGCCACCGUCGACAUGGGCAACAGGGCCCAACUGACGUGUGCAAACAUGAACGAGGCGCAGACCGCGGCGCUGAUCACCUGGUCCAAGGACGGCAUGCCUUUGCAGCCGAACAUCAGGGUGAGCGUCCAGGAGCAAGGGAAGGUGCUGAUCGUUGAGAACGUGCAGCGAGAAGACGCAGGCAUGUACCAGUGCCUGAUCAGGACCGAUGAGGACAGCGCUCAGGGCACAGCGGAAAUACGUCUUGGAGCCGCGCACCCGCAACUAAUGUACAAGUUCAUCAGGCAGACUCUUCAGCCGGGUCCGCCCGUGUCCCUCAAGUGCAUCGCCACCGGCAACCCGACUCCGCAGCUGCGAUGGACGCUCGACGGAUUUCCCUUGCCGCAGUCGGAAAGGUUCGUAAUGGGUCAGUACGUGACGAUCCACGGCGACGUGAUAAGCCACGUGAACAUCAGCACGGUGCAAGUGGAGGACGGCGGCAACUACCAGUGCACGGCGAAGAACAAAGUCGGCGAAGUGUCGCACUCGGCUGAUCUCAGGAUUUACGGACGGCCGUCAAUACGCAGGAUGCCCGACGUGUCAGCCGUGGCCGGCGAGCCGUUAUUUAUCACCUGUCCCGUGGCCGGCUACCCCAUUGAUACAAUAACGUGGGAGAAAGGCGAGAGGAAGCUGCCGAUGAACCGGCGGCAACACGUGUUCCCGAACGGCACGCUGCUGAUCGAGAACGUGCAGCGGACGAGCGACCACGGCCUCUACACGUGCACGGUGACCAACAAGCAGGGGCUGGCGGACUCGCAGUCCGUGUCCCUCAGCGUCAUCGUGCCACCGAAAAUCGCGCCGUUCGAGUUCGUGCGGGACCUGCACGUCGGCGACCGCGCUGGCGUGCAGUGCUUCGUCACCAAGGGCGACCUGCCGCUGGAGAUCAGGUGGCAGCACGACGGCAUCGAAAUCGGCGCCGCUAUCGGUGCCACCCCUUCCGGGGUCGUCGUCAGCCAGAUGAGCUCGUUCACCAGCUCGUUGUCGUUUGACCUGCUUGGCCCUGAGCACGCAGGAAACUACACCUGCGUCGCCAGCAACAGCGCCGCAGAGGUCAGACACUCGUCGCAGCUGCUCGUCAACGUGCCGCCGAGAUGGCUCCGCGAGCCCAAAGAUCGCAACGUGACCCGCGACAACGCCGUGCAGUUCGACUGCCAGGCCGAGGGCUUUCCCACGCCCACCGUGCUCUGGAGGAAGCUCAUCGGCCAUCAGCCGAUCGAGUACCAGGACCUGACGCUGCGCAGCCGAGGCAUCCAGCUGUUCCCGAACGGCACGCUGCUCAUCAGGCAGGCCUUCCAGGAUCAGCAGGGCCAGUACAUGUGCGAGGCCACCAACGGGGUCGGCGCCGGGCUCAGCUCCGUCGUCCUCCUCACCGUGCACGUGCCACCCGAGUUUGAGGUGAAGUCGUCGCAGACAAGCGUGCGGCGCGGCGCAGGGGUGACGCUGAGGUGCGAGCCCAAGGGCGACGCGCCCAUGAGCAUCGUCUGGCAGCGCGACGGCGGCAGAGUCAUCUCGCCCGCAGACCCCAGGUACCACAUCAAGGAGAGCACGGUGAAGGGCGGCUUCCAGUCGGAACUGACGAUCGCGAACACGCUCAAGUCGGACAGCGACACUCUGACCUGCGUGGCCACGAAUCCGUUCGGCCGCGACCUGCGGAUGUUCCAUCUGCUAGUGCAGGACGCGCCCGGCAGACCGCUCGACGUCCGAGUGAUCGAGUCCGACAGCCGCAGCGUGCGCGUCGGGUGGUUGGCGCCUAACGAUGACCGCACGCCCAUUCUUCAAUAUGUUGUGCAGUAUCUCCAGGAUACAGGUUCUGGUGGUUCAGGGUGGGAAGGUCCAGUGCUGCAGAGUGCAUCGGUGUCUGGCACAUCGAUGGCGGCGUUGAUCGCCGGCCUGAUGCCGGCCACGACCUACAGGGUGCGCGUGCUGGCCGAGAACGAGCAGGGCCCUGGCGAGCCGAGCGACCCGUUACUCGUGCGCACGGACAGCGAGCCGCCGGCGGCCGCCCCGCAGAACGUGGUCGCCGACUCCACCUCCUCCACCGAGGUCAGGGUCACGUGGCUGCCGCCACCAAAGGCCCUCUGGCACGGCGACCUUCUCGGCUUCUACGUCGGAUACAGAGAAUCAGGGUUGGGCCGAGCAACUGGCUACAAUUUCACGACAGUGCCGUUCCGCGGAGUGGAAAACGCGAAUCCGCAGACCCUGCUGACCCUGAGUGACCUGAAAAAGUACCACAAGUAUGGAGUGGUUGUUCAGGCCUUCAAUGAAAAAGGGCCUGGACCCCUUUCUACUGAGGUUGUCGUCCAGACCUUUGAGGACGUGCCGAGUGCACCCCCUUUGGACAUCAGGUGCGACCCUCGCAACUCGCAGGGUCUGUCCGUGAGCUGGCAGCCGCCGCCGCACUAUGGCCAGAACGGAAUCAUCCAAGGCUACAAAGUGCUCUACGAGAACAUGAAGGAGAACCCGCAAGGUCAAGUGGAGGCCGAGACCAAAGUCACUAUGGAGCUCAACACCGAGCUGCACGGAUUACAGAAGUAUGCAAAUUACAGCAUCAGAGUCUGGGCUUACACGCGCAUCGGCGACGGAGAGAAGAGCAACUCCAUUUUCUGCAGAACUGAUGAAGAUGUCCCUGAGUCACCGGAUGAUAUCAAGGUGGUGGCCUCUUCAGCGUCGUCGCUGAUCGUGAGCUGGUUGCCGCCAUCGCGUCCAAACGGACAAAUGCUGAGCUACAAAGUGUACAUGCGGACGCUGGAGGGCGGCAAGGAGCGGACGACGGUGGUGAAGCCGGUGUCUGCCACGCACUCGCACCUCGAGUUCUCCAGCCUGAAGCGGAAGGAGGCGUACGAAUUCUGGGUGACGGGACAGACCAAGGUGGGCGAGGGCCAGGCGACGCGCAAGGUGCACGCGGCCAUCAGCGCUCGCACGCCGGCGGCCAUCGUGUCCUUUGGCAGCAGCGUGCUGGCCACCAAGCGACAAAAGGUGCAGCUGCCGUGCCUCAUGGUCGGCAUGCCGGAGCCAGAGCGAACCUGGAUGGGCCCCAGCACCGCACCGGUCCUCACCUCGGACCGCGUUGCCAUCCAGAACGACGGCUCACUCGUCAUCGUCGAAGCCCACAAGGCAGACGAAGGCACCUACACCUGCGUCGCCAGGAACGAGGAGGGCACUGACCAGAUCAACUUCCAGGUCAAAGUACAAGUGCCACCGUCGGCGCCGUUCCUGCUGGCCAAGGCGGACGGUCCGAACAGCUUGCACCUGAGCUGGAACCAACCUGAGGACGGCGGCAGCGCCGUGCGGGGCUACCAGCUCAACUUCCGGCGGGAGGGAACCGAAGAGUGGGAGGACAGGCCCAUCGAGCGGGGCCGCGAGCGCGAGUUCAUCCUGCGGGGGCUGGCGUGCGGCGCCGAGUACGCUCUUUUCCUGGUCGCCACCAACAGGGUGGGUGACAGCGCGCCCGGCGCCACCGUCAGGGUGCGAACUGAGGGCGGCACCCCCAGGGCGCCGGCCAGGCCGGAGCAGUUCGCCAACAGCAACAUGAGCGCCGUCAGCGUGCAGCUGACCAAGUGGGACGCCAACAGCUGCGACAUCAAGGCCUUCAACAUCGAGUAUAGGGAGAAGACCCAGCACGACUGGAUCAACGUGGGAAACGUACCCCACCUGAGGGACUACUACACGAUCACAGGCUUGUGGCCCGGCACGCAGUACGUGAUCAAGGUUGUGGCCACCAACAGCGCCGGCUCCACCACCUCCGAGUACACCGUUUCCACUCAGGCAGCCCUCGGAGGAACUCUACACCCGAGCCUGGUGAACGAGGAGGCGCAGACGCACGCACCCUUCUUCACCGACGUCAGCGCCAUCAUCAUGAUCCUGGUGUGCCUGGCGUUUGUCCUGCUGCUCUUUGGCAGCAUCUGCGUCUGCAUUAAAAAGCGAAACGGUGGCGAGCCGAUUUACGCCGAGGCGCAGCAAAGGAUGCGGCGGACGAGCGACGACGUCAACGACCCGCAGUCGCUGGUCGCCUUCCACAACAAGCAGAAUUUGGCCCAGCGCGAGCAGUACUACGCCGCCGUGCAGAAGGGUGCCCAGACGCCGGUCAGGGCCACCAACAACCUGGACAGGAUUCCAGAAUAUGCUGAAGACAUCUACCCGUAUGCGACAUUUCACGUAGCAAACUCUCAACCACAAAACUCGCCGGCCAACUUCCAGACCUUCAUGUACCAGGAGCAGCGGUAUCCUGGCGGUCGAGAGGCGAUUCCUCUAAAGAGCAAUCCCGGUAUAAUCGACAACUACACGCAGCUGAGGCAGCAGCACCGCAAGAGCAAGAGUUUCAGGUCGGAGAGCGAGGACUACGACAGCAUAGGCUCCGACUCGGACUCUGAGCAGCCGAGGGCGCGCUCGAACCCUGCCCAGCGUCGACGGGACAACGGCCAGAGCAGGAGACACAAGUCCAACGCUGACGGCUCGCCUUUGUCCGAGAGAAGGGCUUCCGGGCAGUCGCGCCGCCAGCCAAAUGUCAGCAGGUCGACGGAGAACCGGCGUCCGUCGAGCGGCAGUAGCGGUGGUCGUGGCGGCCGGGAAACGUCCUUCUCCGCCUUCCCCGAGCCUCCGUCCGGCUUCACGGACCACCCGCCGCCGGAGAUGAGCGAGGCCGAGUGCGACAUGGACACUCUUCGGCGACUCAAACUGCGCCAGCAGCACGAGAACAAGAUGAGCAUCUCGCAGUCGGAGGCGCACCGCAACUUCACCAUCACCGUGUGAAAAUGAAUAAUUAAUUCGUUCGAUAUGGGAUAUUUAAAUGUGCUGUGAUGCGGAAUUCCAAGUCAAAAGAAACGUAGUGAAACACUUACUUAAAAAUUGAAAUCAAACAGGUGCCAAAAUACAACGGCUGAGUAAUCAUUAGAAUGUGAAAAGAAAAUAAUUAACAAAAUGCUAUCAUUGUCACUAUCUGACUAUGUUUAACUCGGCGUUUGCGUUAAUCAUUAGUUUAUUAACCUGCCUAAAGAUGGCACCACUGUCUAUUGAAUAAAUUUUGCACUGAAUUCAUGUUUAUCGGCUUUCUAAACAGUAAAACGUGUUCCAUUCGACGCGCAGAUCAUGGUAGAACAUUUAAUGUUUGCUUCGAAACAUUUUUUAAAUUUUAUUGGCUUUUUGAUCCACUUUUCCAGCUCGAAAAAUAAUUAAACGGCAGGAUUUGGCUCAAGGGAGGCAAACAUCUGUUGAUGGCUUCGAACACUUAGGACUUGAACAACUGUUUUUAUUUUUUAUGAAAAUAUUUUCCUCUCAUUAAUUUUACUGACAAUGAAUCCCCCAAUCUAAGUAACACACUUAUAAAACCCUGCUGAUUAAAUAUAAAAAUCGUAAUCAAACUACCGUAAAAAAGUGGUGUCAUCUGCCUGCAGGUUAAAAAACUGACAACUAACGCAAACGAGACUGUUUUUUCGUAUAGGAUCUCUCCACGUUGGCAGGUUCAGGAAAUUUAUCACGCAAAAUAUAUUAUAUAUUUACGGUUGAGUGUGAAGGGACAUUUUCGUGGAAUGAGAACUGCUCUGUGAUAGAUUUUGAACGAUCUCGCGUGUAAAUAUUACAUACUACAAAGUUAGUCUGUGUGCGCUCUCGCUGAAAACUGCGGCGCGAGUUUAAUAGUCUAAAACGGUGGCGAUAUCAAGAAUCUUUCCCACGUCUUGUGGAUGUUGUUGUUUAUUUGUGUAUCACAGCCCUCGCUUCAUUUGUGUAUUUGCUCAACACGUGUCAAAGGAGGAAAAGGAGACGAUGUGCAUUUUUGUGUAACAAAAAACGAGGAGUAUAAUAAAAGAAAUAAAAAUGAAAAA